AAAAGAACGAAACGGGUCCGCAAUGGAAGGGGACGUGGCUGCCUGCUGGCUGCAGCUGGCGCAGUAGUAUGAGCGUUAAGAGCAGUAGGUGUCGCAGACGUGGAGGGGAUGGCAGGCUGAGUCUGCUAUGAUGAAGCCUGAGCCUGCGAUUGACCUUGCUGGUGCUGUGUUUGCGACGAUGUGGUAUGGGUCUGCGCUUGACUUUGCGAUUUCUGCUGUGUUGGGUGUGGAUUGCCACUGGCGUGUUGAGGGGAUGCGUAGCAGAGGAAAAGCACGAGAUGAGCCAACAAUCGUACGAGUCAGACUUCGACAAAAGGAGGACCGCGAGAGAAGAUGGACCGCCUUGGGCGUUGCUGGAGUGCAAUUGCUUCAUCGGUAUCGGGGCGAGAGUGACGAAAGAGCGAUGAAAAGCGUUCGAGAAGGGGUGUGUGAGUAUUGCGAGGGUGUUGUGCAGGAGAACGAGGAUGGGUACCGCGUGCGGCAGAAGACUCAAAGUACAGAGACAACUCACCUGGGCACCAUUUUGCACGCCGUCGAAAAAGUCUUGUGGUAUUCGCCGCGCUUGAAUAGGAGGACGUCGCGUAGCAUUGCUCUAGAGUGA